GUGAGAGAGAGACUCAUCUGUCAUACACCACACACAGUUAUUUCUCCCUGUGCAGCAGCAGGAUCGAGUGGUCAGGUUGUGAGUGUGUUUAUUUUCUGGAUUAAAAUAGUGUCAAAUCGUUUGCGUAAUAUAUUUUUUUAAUCAUCACGUCUCACAUCAGACAUUACAUCAUAUGUCAUAUUUGUCGGACGGACGUGACGGACAAAGCGACAUAAUGUUCCGGUGGUGUGCAUUGUUGGCAUCAUCUCAACUCCUCAAGAAGUUCAUGGGAAAACGUUUCUAAGGGGAAGGACCUGAAGGGAGACCACAACAGACAAGCUUUCCACCAGGAGAGAAUGGAAGCGACUGUGUCCCGUGUGUGAGCUGAGGAGAGAUGACAGCUCCAUCUGAAGCUGAAUAAAGUUUAGUUUGAGCUGAGUUAGUGUGAGGGAGUUGGCACAGCUGCUUGGAGGGUCUGGUGGAUGUUUCUCAAAGUGUUGGGGGUGAGGAAGCUGAGCUCAGCGGCUGCCAGGCUGCAGCUAUGGUUGUUGAGGUCAGGUUUCCUCUCUCCUCAUCAGUGACCUUGCCAGUUGUCUCACCAUGCCGGACAACCCUGCUUCCUUCACCUUCAUCCUCUACAUUGUCCUGGAGCUGCUGAUUGCUGUGUUCUCCGUGCUGGGCAAUGUGCUGGUCUGUUGGGCCGUGUGCCUAAACAGCAACCUGCAGAGCAUCACCAACUUCUUUGUGGUGUCCCUGGCUAUAGCCGACAUCGCCGUGGGUGUUCUGGCUAUUCCCUUCUCCAUCGUCAUCAGCACUGGCUUCUGCUCCAACUUCUAUGGUUGCCUGUUCCUCGCCUGCUUUGUGCUGGUCCUCACCCAGAGCUCCAUCUUCAGCCUGCUGGCCAUCGCUAUAGAUCGCUACAUCGCAAUCAAGUUGCCACUCAGGUACAACAGCUUGGUGACAGGUCAGAGGGCACAGGGCAUCAUCGCCAUCUGCUGGGUUUUAUCCAUCAUCAUUGGUUUGACCCCCAUGAUGGGCUGGCACAAGCUGACCGAGAGCGCCAACAGCACCUGCUCGCCCGGCCUGAUGAAGUGCCUGUUUGAGGAAGUGGUAGUCAUGGAGUAUAUGGUCUACUUCAACUUUUUUGCUUGUGUACUCAUUCCCCUGCUGCUAAUGCUGGCCAUCUACCUGUGUAUCUUCAUGGCAGCUCGCCACCAGCUCAAGCUGAUCGAAGUGAAAGCUUUUCAUGGGGAGAAGUCGCGCUCCACGCUGCAGAAAGAAGUCCAGGCUGCCAAGUCCCUGGCCAUCAUUGUCGGGCUGUUUGCGGUCUGCUGGCUGCCUUUACACAUCAUCAACUGUUUCACACUCUUCUGUCCUGAGUGUGCUCGUCCUCAGCCCUGGAUCAUGUAUGUGGCCAUUAUUCUCUCCCACGCCAACUCUGUAAUCAACCCCUUCAUCUAUGCCUAUCGCAUCCGGGAAUUCCGACAGACCUUCCGGAAGAUUAUCCGGCACCACGUCCUGGGCCAGCAAGAGAUGUAUGAGAGCAGCAGCAGUAUGCGCCAAUCCACACACAACAGCAUCACUGACUCCAUCAGACUCAAAGCAAACGGCCGCAGCUUUGACCUUUUCACUGAACACAGCACCGGUAGCUGUGAAAGCACCUACCACUGCCCUGCUCACAUCUCUCCUGUAGGCAGCGGUCUGAUGGCAGUAUCCCACCCCCCUCUGUCAGUGGUCAUCUCGCACUGUCCUAGGACAGGCCCGUGUCCAUUACAAGCCCUUAGGCAAAUGCCCAUAGGUCAUCAUCUACAGUAUGCGGAGGAGCAGCAUGACUGUACUGCACUCGAAGUCGUGGAAGAGAAGGACAAACAGAACCUUGAUUGUGCCCAGGUCACAUCACUGUUCAACAAGCAGAACAAGAGCUGCUUUAGUGAGCUAGCAAUGAUGUCCUGACGUAUGCAGGAGGGGCCAUUCACUGCUAUCCAGGAGCCAGUAACAUUUCAACAUCACAUCAGCAGCAACUCUCUAAGCAUCGGGAUAAGUCCUGAUCUGAAAUGGCAGCAAUGUGAACAGAAAAUGGACAUUGAAUGCUGAGACACAAACAUGUCUCCACUAUAUAGUGACUUCCUAACAGACUAGAAGGUUGCAGGCGCUGCCAAGAAGACUGGUUUAAAUUGACUGAGCAGCUGUUGCUUCCAUCUUUAAGGUGCAGGCAUUUCACAACCAUCACAAAUGGUUUGGUAUUAAUUUCAAUAAAGAAGAGCACCAAAUGCUUUUGCUUCCUCUUUGCAAAUAGUUCAACACAAAUGUACUUUGACCAGGGACAGUAUGGCUCUAUCACCGUCCUAACACAUUAAAAAUGGACAAAGUAUUGAUGGUUGCCUUUAUAGGAAGUCUCUCUCUGUUAAACUGCAAGUUGGAAAUAAUAUACCAUGUGUGAGAAUUGAUUUCAUCCUGUUAUUUCUGGUCUGAAUAGAUCGAGGAUAAAAAUCCAUCCAUCCAUUUUCUGUAACUGCUUAUCCUCAUCAGGGUCACAUUGUGGCUUCAGCCUAUACCAGCUGACUUUGGGUGAAAGGUGGGGUACACCCUGGAGUUGCCAGCUCAUCACAGGACACAUAGCGACAAAAGCUAAAAUGUUGAUUUAUACAUUUUUUAGGGACAUGGAUGUGAACGCUUUCACCUUGUACCACUAACACUGCCAUGGUUCAUGGACAGAGGAUUAUUUCUUAGCACCAUAAUUUGUACCAGUUUUCGAUUCACUCCCUCCUGUGGACCUGUGAGGUGCAGAGACUGAGCCACUAUCCUGCCUAUCAAAGUUCAGGCUCUGCAGAAAGUUAAACAUUUUUCACAUUUUCCUUUCUCUCACGUUGUAAUUCAGUCACAUAGCAGAGAUUUAAAUGGCUACUGAUUUCAUCAUUGGUACUGUGGCCCGUGUGCUGUUUCUAAUUGGACUGAGAACAAGAACAGUACUUUCUCUGGUGACAGAAUGGUUCAUGUGUCUGCAGGUGUGUUUCACAUUUUCAAAAGCAAAGCCUGAGGCUGGUAAAGUAACGCAGAAAUGUAACUGUUUAUUUUUGUUUGUGCGACAAUGUGACUUGAUUGUAGGUUUAUUUAAGUUAUGUUCAUGUAAAUGUUGACUUGCGAGUUUGACGAGUGAUGGGAAACGUUUUGAAGAGCAUUGUAAGUUAUUACAUUUUAAAUCAAACAUUUUUCAUUUCUCCUGAUGAAUUCAUCCUCAAUCCAGUGCAGCUAUUGCCUUCUGUGUUCUCACAAACAGGCUAGCACAAAGUUUUGUCUCUGAAUAAAUCCUUUUACAUUUUCAAAAUGCACUUUAUUUGUAUUCAGCAAUGACCACAAAAUGUUCCCAGUCAUUAUUCAGUAGCUGCAGGAACAACGCCAGCCUUCCCAUUGGGUUUUCGCCACGCAGGGUCAUGUUUCAUAUCAGAUUCAGAUGAGAUCUGGUUUGCUCUUUCUGGGAAAUAGUUAGUUAAGCAGUCAAACUAUCUUUGGAGUGCUUUAUUUUCCCAGCUUUUAUCAAAGUUCCCCUGUGAGCUCAGGUUACAGGGCACAGGGCCCACUUCUUUUUGAAAGCUUCCCCCAGGGGUCUUCAGUGCUUUUUUAAAGAUUUGCCGCAGAGACCUCCCUCGUCCUCGUGCUCUGCUGUUGUCCUGCGUGGUAACAUCUUGUCUCCUCAGCUGGGUCAUGUAAAGGUUAUGAUGCAGAGUUUUAGGCUCGAUUGGAGAUCUAGUGAGAAAGCUCGUCGUAGUUUGACAUUUUGUGAUUUGCUUUCUUGCUGAUGAGAGGAUCAAAGCUUUCAUCUAGCUUCGCUUAGAACUAGACACAGAAAAACAUCCAGCAUGACUCUGUCCAAAGGAAACAACAUCUCUAGGCACUA